AUGUUACGUCUGAUGGGCUUGUUCGGUGUGUCCCUCGUCGGCUACCGCGACCUGCACAGCGUGGUGUGUUCGCCCGACCAGCUGGCUCAGUUCCUGGUGACGGCGACGCGGCAGGACGUGGCCAGCAUUUCCGCCUCCCUGUGCAGCCUCUCGCCCGACCUCGCCGCCAACAUCACCAGGGCCUUCACCGCCGCCCUCGACGCCCUCGGCCUCUUUGACAAGGUGUCGGAGGUCCUCGGGGCCAUCGGAGGCUACGAGGCAGAGUCCCUCGUGCAGCAGCUGGGGGCGAUGCUGGCUUCCCUGGGGCGCCUGGAGUCCCUCGCGCCCCUCGCCUCCACCUUCAGCAGCCUCAGCCACGCCCUGGAGCCCAUCACCUCGGCCAUAACGGACCUUGUGGACACGGGCUGGACGAUGGAGAGCAUGAAGAACCUGAUGGGCGUUCUCGAGGGCGUCGCAGAGGACCCCAAACUCACCUCUCUCAGCGUGCGGAUCCUGCAGACUGUAAGCAACCUCACCUCCGAAGUGGAUACGGACGCCCCCGACCCAUGGAAGGACAUCCUGACGAAGGCCGGGCAGGUGGUCGACACCGCAGGGCGCGAGGUGCUGGAGGCGACGGAGGCCCUGAGGGAGGACUCCGCCGCGCAGACGGCCCUCGCGCUGCUCACCUCCGUCCUGCCCGCCCUCAUGGGACCCACGCGCCCGACGUCACGAGGUGGGCCUCCUUUCAGGGCAAGAAGGCAUGAUCUCACUCAGCCAGGACAGGCGAGGCGUCACCGCUUUUGUUGCUGGCUGUACAAUUGCAGAGCCUGUGCGGGGGUUGGAGCCAUCUUGCUGUGUUUAAAAUCUUCGUCGGACUGUUCCUUGGUUCUCGUCGCUGGUGAGACUAAGUGCCAAAAUGCCCCCGGUUGGUGCCAGCGGAAAAGCAAUGCCGAAAAAGCCCAAGUCACGUUUAAAUUUGAUAUUGAUGUAAUGUGUUUUCAUGUCGAUGUCAGGAUAAACGUUGAAAGUUAUUUCAUCAUGAGUUCAAACCUGGGCGCCGCUCUGGACGACGCCCUGGAGCGCCUUCCGGCAGACGCCCAGAGUCACGUGGUCGGCGCGCUCGCCUCUGCGCAGAUGCUCGCCGCCCUCUUCGCCAACGCCACCCGAGCUUAUAACAUCCUGGUCCCGUGGGUGAUAUCAAACCCCCCAGCAGUGAACUAUGGGCUGAUGGCAACAUUCUCCAACCACACUUUACUCCAGAAACUGAUAUCAGACGAUUCCCUGGUGACUUGGACCUGCAGUCGAGAGUCCUGGACUGACCUCUCCGCCGAGGGCUGGGAGAGCGUGGCCUCGCAGAUGUGCACGGACUCCGGGCGGAAAAAUCUGCAGGAAUUAAGGGAUCUCAUUCAUCCGUAUUCUGAUCCAGAUUUUGUUAAGAAGGAAUUCCCCAAAACCUCGAUAAACGGAACCGCUGUCUUUGAGGCAUUCUGGGAUUCCUACGAGACCAGCCAAACCCUCGCUUCCACGAUGACGUCAUACAUUACGUCACGCAGGAGGAAGAGGGCGUUGGGGGACCUCGGCGCCGCGCAGUCUGACAUGCCGGCCACGCCCCCAGAGGUCAUCCGGGAACUGAAGGACGCGGCGAGGAUGACCCGACGCCUGCUCAAGAAUGUGUUAACGGCCUACUCGGGCCUGCUGGAGUCCGAACUGGAGAAAGAUGCGACUUCCUUCGCCUCGCUGCCGCACCACAUCCAGGUCCUCCUCGACCCGGGCACCAUGAUGCACGUGGCGGAUACGACCUCGUCUGUGGUGGAGGUCAUGAUUCAGCUGAUCGAAGUGACCUCAUCUCCCUGGAAGGUCACUGACGUUUUACUCCAACCUUCGACGAAGGUGGUGGAGGGUGAUUCAGCCUUCAUCUCCCUGGAAGGUCACUGA